CACAUAGAAACUUUUCCAUCCCUUCUUACAUCAUCAUCCAUUUUUUUCUCAAUCACCUUUUCCCCUUCCCUUCGCUCUCUUAUAGGGGGUAGAGUAUUAUUCUCUUCCCAGAAUCUCAAAAUUUUCCCGAGAAAACUCAAUCUUUGUCCUUAAACCACACCUUAAACUUACCCAAAUUCUUGCCGCACGUAUCGUUGUCACUCCAUAUUCUCUCUCUUUCUCCCCUUAUUCUUAUUAUUCUUCUUUCUCUCUCCAAAGAAAAAAUAAGUUUUCUUUCUUGCCCGCUGAUCUUUCGUAAACUUUUGAAAAACCCAUUACCUCCUCCUUUUUGUCUCUCGUCUUUUCUGAACACUUUAUCGAGAUAAUGCAGUUUCGUGAUUCCCAAACCCUGAACACCCUUCACUGAUUAAUGGGUUUUCCUUAGAUUCUGAAGUAACAUCUCACUUUUCUUGGUUACUAAGUAGAUUGGAUUGCAAAAAAAAUCUUUUCUUUUCACUUUUGAGGGAUUUAUUGAGUCAUUGAGAGUGGUCAUUUAAUGAUCCGGCAGUCGUUUUGUUUUUCAACAAGGGAAGAGUUUUAGGUCACUUUGGUUGGUGAAUUUUGAUUGUGAACUAAAAAAUAAAGGGCGGUCUUUUUUGUUUUUUCUUUAUUUGUUUGGUGGAUUAUAAUUUUUGUCUGAGAUUCUUAGAUCAUGGAUCAUGUGAUUGGUGGCAAGUUUAGGCUUGGCCGGAAGAUCGGUAGUGGAUCCUUCGGUGAACUUUAUUUAGGUAUUAAUGUACAGAGUGGAGAGGAAGUGGCUGUUAAGUUGGAAUCUGUGAAAACUAAGCACCCUCAGCUUCAUUAUGAAUCAAAACUAUACAUGCUACUUCAAGGAGGAACUGGUAUUCCUCAUCUCAAAUGGUUUGGAGUUGAGGGUGAAUACAAUGUCAUGGUUAUUGACCUUCUUGGACCAAGCCUUGAAGACUUGUUUAAUUAUUGCAGUCGAAAGUUAUCUUUGAAAACGGUGCUGAUGCUUGCAGAUCAAUUAAUAAAUAGAGUUGAAUACAUGCACUCAAGGGGUUUUCUUCACCGUGACAUCAAGCCCGACAACUUUUUGAUGGGUUUAGGGCGCAAAGCAAAUCAGAUCUACAUCAUUGACUAUGGCCUUGGAAAAAAGUAUAGGGAUCUGCAAACACACAAGCAUAUACCAUAUAGGGAAAACAAGAAUCUCACAGGCACAGCUCGCUAUGCUAGUGUUAAUACCCAUCUUGGAGUUGAGCAAAGCAGAAGAGAUGAUCUGGAAUCUCUUGGUUACGUGCUUAUGUAUUUUUUGAGGGGAAGCCUUCCAUGGCAGGGCUUGAAAGCUGGCACUAAAAAACAGAAAUAUGACAGGAUCAGUGAAAAGAAGAUGCUUACUCCCGUAGAGGUCCUUUGCAGAAACUAUCCUUCAGAAUUUACAUCUUACUUUCAUUAUUGCCGUUCACUGCGAUUCGAAGACAAACCAGAUUAUUCAUACCUGAAGAGACUAUUCCGUGACUUGUUUAUUCGAGAAGGUUAUCAGUUUGAUUAUGUAUUUGACUGGACUAUAUUGAAGUACCCGCAGAUUGGCUCCCGUUCUAGAUCAAGACCAAGUGGAAAACCAGCUGUAAACCCAGGACCAUCCGCAGAAAGAGUAGAAUGGCGUUCAGGCCAGGAAAUCCGAGACAGAUUCUCUGGUGCAGUUGAAGCAUUUGCUCGAAAGAAUAGCACUGGACAUGCUAUGCACAGCAAUCGGUCCAGGCACAGGUCCUCAGAUGAUGUGCCAUCAUCAAAGGAUGUGCAUCCUGAUUCAGAAAGGCCCCAGUCAUCUUCUCGAAAUGGCAGCACUUCAAAGAGGGCUGUAAUUUCAAGCAGCCGGCCAAGCUCUUCUGGUGAGCCUAGUGAGAAUCGGUCAAGCCGGCUGGCCUCGAGCAGUGGUCGCCUGUCAACAACCCAGAGGAUUCAACCUGGCCUUGAGUCAAAAUCAUCUUCCUUUACUCGUGCUCUAGCCACAAGAGGUGGUCGUGAUGAUACACUCAGGAGCUUUGAACUCCUGUCUAUUGGAAGAGGAAAGAGGAAAUAAGCACUACAUCUGUCUGGCACGAAGAUUUGCUUGUGCAAGGAGUCAGAAUUCCGUUGUGUAUUUCUAUCAGGGUCGGGACUGCAAUGAUUGUGCCAGUUGCUCUGUAUAUUCAUAUCCGCUAUCAGGUUCCCUUACAUGCAAAAGAUCAGUGAAUCCUCUCCUUGGAAGACGGGCACUCAUGUUGUAUCUCUCUCCGGGGGAUUUGCCAUUCAAAGGCAAGCGAGCUCAUUCAUAAAAGAGAAGAAUCAUUUUGCGGUAGGAAUUGUUUAUAUAUUUGAGAUGCUUGUAGCUCUAAUAAAUACUUGUAUUUCUAUGCAAAAGAAGAAAACCUUACCUGAUAGACUAAGAUGAACUUUGGCCAUCCACCUGGAUGGUUGGUAUUAAUCACUCUCUACUUCAUCCAUUUAAAUUAGAACACGUAUUGAUUGAUAA